UCAAAUGUAUAGGCAUAUAAAUUCAAUAUUUUAAUACCUUAUACAUGUUACCAACUAAUGCUUUGUAGUCACAAAGGGCAUCAAGAUGGCUAAGACUAUCAUAGCUUUCCUCGCCAUCCUCCAUCUCGCGGUCGUCGGUCGAACCCACGAUUUCGAGGCCUGGAGUCAGGGGCUCCGCCUGACCGGCAUAAAGUCAGAGCAGGUAACAGAUCUCCACUUCUACUUCCAGGACACCGUGAGCGGGACUGACCCGACUGCGGUCCGCGUGGCCCAGGCGACGGGCACGGACCGGUCGCCGACUCUUUUCGGUAUGGUGAUGAUGGCGGAUGAUCCGCUAACCGAGGGGCCCGACCCGACAUCUAACGUUGUGGGCCGGGCCCAGGGGAUUUACGGGUCGGCGGGCCAAAAUGAGGUGGGCCUUAUUAUGUCGAUGAGUUUUGCGUUCACCAACAGGGAGUACAACGGGAGCUCGAUAAGUGUGUUGGGCCGGAACCUAGCGCUACACCCGGUCCGCGAGAUUCCGGUCGUCGGCGGCACGGGUGCGUUCCGGUUGGCCCACGGAGUGGCGUUGGCCCAAACUUAUUCUCUGAAUCCUGUAACUGGGGAUGCUGUUGUAGAGUACAAUGUGACCGUGGUGCAUUAGUACUCUUUGUUUUGUAAGUACCUUUUAAAUUAGGUUAUUAUGCAUGAGUAUCCGAUAAAAAUUGUUGAGAAUAACUGACCAUCCCCAGCGCAAAUGGCAAAAAACUUGGUGGUUGGUAUCCGAGAUUGCAAGUUCGAAGCCUAAUUUCUUUA